CAAAAACUUAUUUUAAUAGGUUGAUAACAACAAUAAUCUUUUGAUCAAAGUACAGACACUUCACUUAUGUAGUUCUUAUAUUUCUGUUCUAGUUGUUACAUAUGAAUUACAAAUAUUUUGAUUUGAAACUUAUAUGGUAAACUUGUAACCAGGAUAUCUAUUAUAAUGUCCAUAUCGUACAUUCCCAGAGUUACACAGUUAGAUUCUGUGCAAUUAGAUGAGCAAGUUGAAGACUUAUUCAAACAACUAUUAUUUAAUGCUACCAAAUUUUUAGAGCCUGGAAUCCUUCAGCCAAUUUUACCAGAACUUGAACUUUUAUUGAGAACAUGGAUGUUCAAGUAUUCAUUAUGUGAAAAGAAAUGUACUUUUGGUCAGGAAAUGUUAUCCUUGAAAUAUGACACCACAAACCUCUCACAAAGCAAAUUGUAUUGGUAUUAUGGUUAUACAAUAGGUUUGAGAUAUUUAAAAGACAGAGCCUUGUAUAGCUUAACAUCAAAUAUAAAAGUGCAAAACUUUUGUACCAAACUAGAAACAUUUCAAUUGAUAGGAGACAUUUUUAACUUCUUAAGGUUUAUACAAACUGGGAAAUAUCCAGUUUUAAUAGAUUUUAUACUCGGGCUUGAACUUACAGCAGACAAACUAGCAAGGGAAGACCUUACAGAUCUUUCCUGGACUCGGGAACUGUUAUGGCAUAAUCUUAUUGAAUUAAUAGGAACAGUGGUUUCUCUGGUCAAUUUAUUUGGAUUAAAAAGAAAAAUGAGCAAUACUUUGAAAUAUGUUUGGUGGCGGAAACAUGUUCGGUCUAUUGGAGGAGAGAAAUCACCAACAAUGACAAUCAAUACCGUUUGUGCAUGUUGCUCAAACAGACCAGUACUACCUCAUGUGAUGGGCUGCUCCCAUAUAUUUUGUUACUAUUGCUUAACGGCAAACAAAGCUGCUGAUCCUGAAUUUGAAUGUCCAAAAUGUUAUUUUAAUGGAAACAAUAUUAUUAAAUUUAGUAUUACAUGAUAAGAUAAGAAUAGUAUGAACUAGGGUUGUAGCGGAGUCCCUUUUAACGGAAGCGGAUGUAGGAGUGAAGUACCUUAGCUCUGCAGAAGUUUAACGAAAACGGUGCCAGAAGUUGUAAAUAUUAGUAAAUCAUAUUUAUUGCAGAAAUUUUGGUAUAUUGUUUAUUGAGUAUCUAAUCUGUUUAUUAAAAUCUAUUACCAAUUUCCAUAUUAGAAAGCUAGCUGUUAGUAACCGUGUCAUCACUUUAUCUCUUCGUCAAGUUCAAAACUCAACUGAAUGGGCGUAUCACCUUUUGCAUUUUAUGUGGAUGUUCCGCACUUGCAGAGACAAGCGAGAUUUCGUUAUAACCCUAGUUUAACAAAAUAUUGUUACCUACAACUGUAAAUGGAACAUAUAUAUUCGCAUCAGGGUAAUAAAGGUUGUGCGUCUAUAUAAAUAUUAACUAUUAUUAAUAAACUAUUGG